AUGGCAAUACGACGGUUCGUAGUACGAAGAGGCGCGCCCCUGGAGAUCAGAAGCGACAAUGGCACCAACUUCCUGGGUGCGAGUCAUGACCUUAAACAGCAGAUACAAGAGAUGAAUCAACAACUAUCCGCCGUCUUCACCAACGCUGCCACCAAGUGGGUGUUCAACCCGCCAUCGGCCCCUCACAUGGGGGGUUCAUGGGAGAGGCUUGUCAGGUCCAUCAAGAUUGCCUUUGCGGCCCUAACGACUACCAGAAACCCGGACGACGAGACUCUUCUGACUUUGAUGAUUGAGGCGGAAGGAAUAGUCAACUCUAGACCCCUGACCUGUGUGCCAUUGGACGCAGAAUCGGAAGCAGCUCUAACGCCGAACCAUUUCUUGCUGCUGAGCUCGCAGGGAGUGACCCACCCGCCGGAGGUUAUUCCAGAUCGCCCGGAGUCCCUCAGGACUAACUGGAGAUUGAUUACGAACCUGGUGAACCAGUUUUGGAAUCGAUGGGUGCGGGAAUACCUUCCCACUAUAGCUGGCCGUACCAAAUGGUAUAAAGACUCCAAGGAGCCGGAGAUCGGAGACCUGGCAAUCAUCGUUGAUCCGUCGAUCCGAAACGGAUGGCUGCGUAGGCGGAUUCUUUCCACAAUCAAAGGACGGGAUGGACGGUGCAGACAGGUCCUAGUGCAAACCAGCGGAGGAGUGCUACGGCGACCGGUAACUAAGGUUGCCAUUCUACGUGUCAAGGCAGCGGACAACGAAGAAGCUGAGGGUAACGCAGGACCACCGGAAGGGAUGGACGUGCAUUACGGGUCGGGGGAUGUUGGGGGCAACCCUACGCCACUGGUAUCCGAUAGCGCACAACCUCGCGCUUCUGUCCGUCAAAGUUUGAGCUCACUUAACCACAAAAACGGUGUGCUACAAAACCCUCCGAAAACGUCCGAAACGUUCCAACAGCAGUUUCAGUUCAGCAGCGCACCCGUCACAGGAAGCCCGAUCAACAACAGCAACAACAAAAGCGACGACGACAACACAGCAGCAGCGGAUGAGAGAACAAUUGAUAAGCAACAAAAGAGUCGCUUCAUUCAACCAACUCUGAAUCAUCAUCUCGCCCGUGAAAGCACGCGGUGA